GCAGAACAGUCCUCCCUGGAAGAGCCUAACCAUUGCCAGGGAAACCGGCGCGGGGCGCUCCCUUCGUGACUAGUAUUUUUUUUUAAUUAUUAUUAAUCUGAUAAAUAAUUAUUUCCCUCCCCCCUAUUUAAUUUUUCCCCUCCCAGGUGGAGUUGCUGAAGGAAGCUGGGGGCACCUGGGGAGGCUGGGGUGGGGAGUGGAGAAGCAGGAGUGGAGGGGGCGUCUCUCCCUUCCCGACCCUCGGGCCCCCAAGGGGCAGCAGGAAUGCGGGAGCGGCAGAGAGGCCUCGCCCCUCGCCUCCCGCGCUCUCCCUUCUGCCCCCCUCCGCAACAACUCUCUUGGAUUUUUUUUUUUGAUGAGUAGGACUUUUUUUAUUUUUAAUUUUUGCAUUUCUAUAAAGUAUAUGUAUAUGUGUGUGUGGAGCUGACACGAGCCCGGCAGCGGCAAAGAAUGAGUGUGGGAAAGAGAGGCAGAGAGAGAGAGAGGGAGAGAGGGAGAGUGACAGCAGCGCCCGGACGUGCUCCCCAACGUCGCCCUCAAUUCCUCUGCCUAUGAUCCAGUGAGGCAUUUCUCGACCUAUGGAGCGGCCGUUGCCCAGAACCGGAUCUACUCGACUCCCUUUUAUUCGCCACAGGAGAAUGUCGUGUUCAGUUCCAGCCGGGGGCCGUAUGACUAUGGAUCUAAUUCCUUUUACCAGGAGAAAGACAUGCUCUCAAACUGCAGACAAAACACCUUAGGACACAACACACAGACCUCAAUCGCUCAGGAUUUUAGUUCUGAGCAAGGCAGGACUGCACCCCAGGACCAGAAAGCCAGUAUCCAGAUUUACCCCUGGAUGCAGCGAAUGAAUUCGCACAGUGGGGUUGGCUACGGAGCGGACCGGAGGCGCGGCCGCCAGAUCUACUCGCGGUACCAGACCCUGGAACUGGAGAAAGAAUUCCACUUCAACCGCUACCUAACGCGGCGCCGGCGCAUCGAGAUCGCCAACGCGCUCUGCCUGACCGAGCGGCAGAUCAAGAUCUGGUUCCAGAACCGCCGCAUGAAGUGGAAAAAAGAAUCCAACCUCACGUCCACGCUCUCGGGGGGCGGCGGAGGGGCGGCCGCUGACAGCCUGGGCGGCAAAGAAGAGAAGCGAGAAGACACAGAAGAGGAAAAGCAAAAAGAGUGACCAGGACUAUGGUCUCUGCCACCCGGCUCUCCUCCUCCCUCGCU